AUGGGCCUGCCGGGGCUUUUCUUCUUCCUCCUGGCGCUUCUGAGGCCCGGCGGCGCCCUCCAGAACGUCACCCCGCAGCUCUUCGGGAGCCAGGCCUCGGGCAGGCUGGCCGCCUUCGGGGACUUCAAUUCCGACAAGCAGACGGACCUCUUCGUGCUGAGGGCAGACAGUGAAUUAAAUAUAUUCCAGGCAGAUCAAAAAGAACCUUAUUUUAAACCCAAAGUCAAGUUACUAUUAAGAAAUGUUGUCAUAACAAGUGUUGUUCCUGGUGACUAUGAUGGUGACUCACAGAUGGAUGUCCUACUGACAACUCAUCCACAAAAACAACCCAAUGCUGACUUAUCUGUUUUGAUUUUUUGGGGAAAUAAUCAAACUUUAGAUAUAAAUCGUAAGCUAGUAUUAAACAAGACAUUUCAUGAUGAACCACUAAUCAUGGAUUUCAAUGGCGACUUAAUCCCCGAUGUAUUUGGAGUUACAAAUGAAUCUGAUAAACCACAAGUCCUGAUUGGCAGCAAUGACAGGAAUUUAUCAUGGCAGCCUGCACUGGAUACAGAGAACAAAAUGUAUGCACCCCACUCUCAUGCGUUCAUAGAUCUGACUAAUGAUUUCACUGCUGAUUUGUUUCUCACAACGGUAUCAAAUGACAAACAAAUUCAGUUUGAAAUAUGGGAAAAUCAGAAUGGGAAUUUUACAAAACCUACGCAAAAAAAACCUACAUACAUAAAGAAGAAACCUGAAGGUGCUGUCAUCGUUGGUCAAUCAGUCUUUGCAGAUUUUGAUGGUGAUGGACAGACUGAGCAUUUGCUGCCAGCGUGCGCUGAUGCAGCCUGUCAAAAGAGUGUCAUCUACCUAACUAAACCAGGAUCAGAUCAAUGGUUUCCUGUGUUGCAAAACUUCACAAAUAAAGGAACUGUGUGGGGCUUUGUCCCAUAUAACAGUGAUCCAUCUUCAGCCGAAUUUUCAGUUCCAAUCACACUUCACAUUGGGGAUUACAACAUGGAUGGCUAUCCCGAUGCACUUGCCAUACUAAGGAAUACAUCAGGAAGCAACCAGCAAGCUUUCCUGUUGCAGAACGUCGAGUGCAAUAAUGCAAGCUGUGCGGGCGCCCACCGUAUGUUUAAGGUCUACUGGGAACUCUCGGAUCUACAUCAGAUCAAAGACGCAAUGGUGGCAACCUUCUUUGACAUUUAUGAAGAUGGAAUUUUGGAUAUCCUUGUCCUCAGCAAUAAUUCUUCCAAGAAAGAGUUCACCAUCCAUGCGUUAAAAAAUAACUUUGAAGCCGAUGCUUAUUUUGUUAAAGUCAUUGUUCUCAGUGGCCUUUGUUCAAAUGACUGUCCUCAUAAAGUAACACCUUUUGGUGUGAAUCAGCCUGGACCUUAUAUUAUGUAUACAACAGUUGAUGCAAACGGAUAUUUGAAAAACGGUUCAGCUGGACAGCUCAGCCAGUCAGCCCACUUUUCCCUCCAGCUGCCAUAUAAUGUGUUGGGCUUGGGCCGCAGUGCCAAUUUCCUUGAUCAUUUGUAUGUCGGCAUUCCUCGUCCGCUGGGUGAAACGUCUGAAAGAAAACAGGAGUGGACGGCCAUCAUUCCAAACUCUCAGCUUAUAGUCAUCCCGUAUCCUCACUAUCUCCCUCGAAGCUGGAGUGCCAAGCUCUACCUGACCCCGAGUAACAUCGUUCUCCUAACCGCUAUUGCCCUAAUUGGAGUGUGUGUCUUCAUUCUGGCCAUAAUUGGCAUAUUGCACUGGCAAGAAAAGAAAGCGGACGACAGAGAGAAACGGCAGGAAGCCCACCGAUUCCACUUCGAUGCCAUGUGAUAUGUCUUAAUCCCUUGAUGAAAGCGAUGCUGCGUAUUGACUUGGUCUAAAACACUGCACUGGAGUCAGUGAGGCUGAAGGAGAGGGAAGGGGGUGUUCUUUCUGUGCUAUUUGUAAAUGUUGCAUUGUUUUUAAUUUAUUUUGUAAAGUGUUAAAAUCACGUGUGAUCUUAUAUGACCUUCCAGUAAUCGAUUGUAUAUACUCUUUUCUUCUCUGGGUUUCACAAAGGCUGUAAGUUCUCCUUUGGUAGUGUGCCACACUGCAUGCCUUUUGCUGUUUCCAUCCCCUCUGUUUCUUUUGAACAAUGUUUCAUGAAAAGGAAGUUCUCUGUAAAUUUGGAAGUGCGUUUCAGUGAGCAGAAUCUGUUUAGUGCCACUUGAAUAAUAUACAUUUCCCAAAAUGUGAAUUGCAUUCUUAAUAUUUCCUCUCCAGCAAAUUGUCAGAUAAGACAAGACAUCUCAUGUUCUUCCGAUUCUUCUCUGCAGCGUUUGAUCUGAAAUUCUUGGGAAUGCUUAUCAUUGUCUUAAUCUUUGCGUCCAAUCAAGUGUGAGGAGAGGCAAAAACAUCCUAAUAACAGACAUCAUUGAGAUGUGUGUAAUUUGACUUACAUUUUAAAUUAUGCCUUCCUUAAAAUGGAAUAAUUCUGCAUUAUUUACUCCCAGUAGUAGUUAUGAUGUAAGUGCAUUAAAGCAUAAUCAUGAAAAUAGUUGACCAAUCAGAAGUUUUAUUAAAUUUGGGGAUUUCUUGAGAAAGAGAUGGAAGAAAAUCCUACAUGGAAAACUGUGUUUUGUGGGAUCAUCAGAAUAAGAGCUGGACUAUGGUGUACUUUGUUUUCCAUGUAAUCCAACCUGAAUCUGUAUUGUAAAACCGAACCAAUUUUGGGGCGUCUUUGUUAUGACCAUAAGAAAACAGACUACAGAAUUUUCCUAAUACUGAAUGCACCAUGGCAUUUUUAUUAAACAGAUUGUAUUGAAAACUA